AUGGGUGUUGACGAGGAGGGUCGGCAGUCAUUGCUUUCAGAACAUCUCAAUGAGAAAAAUGACCUCCAGAGGAAAAGGCCUAGAAGUGGUAAUGCUUCGGAGAAGGAGGUCAAUCUCCAAGGGCAAAAUGCUGAUGAUCAAAACCCUUUACAUCCUCGACGUAUAGAUGCCAAACCAGAAGCAGAAUUCCAUUUCAAGCCAGUUUUCUUAUGGUUAGCUGCAUACCUUGGCGGAGGAACCAUUUGCUUCCUUCUAACAAAUAAUCAGAUAAAGGGCAUAAAAACCAAUGGGUUUCUUGAUGCCAUUUACUUCUGUGUUGUAACAAUGACAACAGUUGGAUAUGGAGAUCUUGUGCCAGAUAGCCAACUUUCAAAACUUAUUGCUUGCGUUUACGUCUUCACUGGCAUGGCUCUUGUAGGGCUAAUUCUUAGCAAGGCAGCAGAUUAUAUCGUUGAAAAGCAGGAAAUCAUCCUAGUUAAAACCUUAUUUAUAGGUGAAAAUUUUGGUCCAGAAGAGAUUUCCAAAGAGAUUAAAACUAACAAAGCUAAAUACAAAUUCAUGCUGGCAGCAUCCAUCUUUUUGGUGCUUAUGAUUGUGGGGACUAUUUUCCUGUAUUUUAUUGAAAAUUUAGAUUUUGUUGAUGCCCUCUAUUGUGUUUGCUCCACAGUCACCACUCUAGGUUAUGGGGAUAAGAGCUUUUCCAGUACUGCUGGUCGUGCUUUUGCUGUGUUCUGGAUAUUGAGCAGCACCAUUUGCUUAGCUCAGUCUUUUGCUUAUCUUGCUGAAUUUUAUACUGAAAAAAGACAAAAGUUACUAGCAAAAAUGGUUCUUGAACGAAAAUUGUCAAUCCUUGAUCUUGAGGCCGCUGAUCUUGAUGGAGAUCAUGUUGUCAGUGCUACAGAGUUCGUUUUGUACAAGUUGAAGGAAAUGGGAAAGAUCAACCAAGAAGAUAUUUUAGUUGUUAUGGAUAUUUUUAGACAACUAGAUUUUGAUCAAUCAGGAACCCUGACAGAAGCUGAUAUCAGACAUAAUGAAUCAUCUUAA